AAGAGGAUUGCAAAACAAGAAGAUUCUGAUAAAGAUGACGAAUACUUGAAUGAACUAGUGGCUUAUCACCCUUAUUUGACAAAAAUUAAAAAGACCAAGUAUUUCAUUUCUCUAGAUCCCAGAGGUUAUCUUCCUGAUACGUUCACUUCACAAGUAUCUGAAAACAACAAAGCUGAUAUUGCUAGGCUAGUGGAUACUCACCCUAAUCUGGCUUCAACAAUUAAAAUG